AUGAUGUUGAUUUCAUUCUUCGUUCUUUUUGCUGCUAUCAGUUCAACGACAUUUGCCCAAUGUCCGAGUUCAACUGACAAUUAUAUUACUGAUUUGUAAGUUGACAGCUCUGAAUUAUGGGGAUAGAUUUGAUUCGACCCGGAUAUCGUUUAUAUCUCAAUUUCUUUCAGAUGCUACAAAAUUGUAACUACACCUGCAAGCUACAAUGAUGCACGAAAUAAUUGUCAUAAUCAAGGAUACAACUUGGCUGUUCUCCACAGUGGAAUGCAAGGAAAUUUCUUAGCAUGUGAGUUUCUCAACUGAUUUCAUUUACAACAAUCAACCAUUGUUAAGCUCUUGUCAGCUCCGCUAUUGGAACUAAUGAAAAUGUCUUCUGGAUCGGAUUGAGUAGACCAUCAUCAUCUUCGAAAUUCUUUUGGGAUGAUGGUAGCUCAGUUUUGUGGACAUAUUGGCAAGCUGGUUUCCCAAGUGGAUUCAAUCAAGCCGCGGAGAGUACAGCAAAUGCAAGAUGGAAGACAAUCGAUGCUAGCGAACCACAUGCAUAUGUUUGUAGUUAUGAUCCAAGAAAGGGAACUGUUACUCCAGUAAUUCCACAAAGUACACCUAGUUAUACUGAUGUUACUGGUGGACCCACCGAAGUUCCUUCAACAAUCAAUUAUGGAUCUACCGAUGUUCCAUCGACAGUUAGUUAUGGAUCUACCGAUGUUCCUUCAACCAUAAAUUAUGGAUCUACUGAUGUUCCUUCGACCAUAAAUUAUGGAUCUACCGAUGUUCCUUCAACCAUAAAUUAUGGAUCUACAGAUGUUCCAUCAACCAUUCCACCAUCUACUAACUCUGGAACCGAUUACACAGAAGUUCCAUCAACAAUUACAAGUGGAUAUCAAACAACCGCUUUUUGA